GCGUCGACACAGGAAGUUGGUGCCGAAUUUCAUUCAACUGUGACUAAUAUUAUUCGUUUUGCUGCUUUUCAACACGACACGCGUAACUCAAAUUAAAAGCCAGAGGAUCAAGUGUCGUCGUUGGGGAUGUAUGCCGCCAGAUACAACGGUCACAGUGACCGCCAUGAGCGGAUCGACUUCUUAACCAGCAAGGAGAAAGCCUCAUCCAAGCGGAAGCUCGGCGCCGUGAUCGGCGUUCUACUGGCGGUCCUCAUCCUCGCUGCUGUAGCUGCUUUCCUAAUUUGGCUUUUUGUCUUUAAGGAUGCCGAAGAAGCCACGCUCAGUAAGCAGCAGAAACCUGCCGUGCUGGUGUUCAGCGGUCACAUGAAGACACCCGACAUCCCAUACAAACAGAAGCUGGAGGACACCAGCAGCCCCGAAUUUGAAGCACUGGCAGAAAAACUGGAGGGAGUUUUGGAGGAAAACUUGAAGAAGAAUCCAUUACUUGCUACAUACUACACAAAGUCUGUUGUCACAGCGUUCAGUGAGGGUGUGAUCGCUUACUAUUGGUCCCAGUUUGAUGUCCCAGUGGAGGACCUCGAGGUCGUGCCUGAAAUCUCUGAGGAGCUUGUGUCAGAGACCUUGGAGAAUGGAAUAAAGGAGCAGCAAAGGACCAGGAGCGUCGGUCAGAUCAAGAUCAGUGAAAUCACGGCCACACUCACUGACUCCCGCAUGGCCAGGAACCCGCGAGCCAAUGAAUGUUUCUUCCGUCUGGAAGCUGAAGAAACAGAGUCUCAGUUUUCAUCUCCGGGGUACCCCGGCGGCUACCCCUCCAAGUCUCGCUGUCAGUGGCAAAUCAGAGCGUCGGCCUCAAACGUCAUCUCCGUCACGUUUCCCUUCUUCCAUGUGGAGGACGACUGCUCCGAUGACUUUGUCUCCAUUUAUGAUUCUUUGAGUCCUGACGAUUCUCAGACGAUCACAGAGAAGUGCGGUCACAGGCCUCCCUCCAACCCUCUGGAGGUGGUGUCGUCCGGUAACAUCAUGCUCAUCAGCCUGAUAACUGACAGUGAGACCCAGCGGCCUGGCUUUCAGGCAUUGUACAAAGCCAUCCCAAAAUCUAAAGUGAUGACCUGUGGCAGCGUCCUCUCUGCAAGCUCAGAAGUCUUCACCUCCCCUCUCUACCCUAGUUUCUAUCCUCCUGCUAUGGACUGCAAGUGGACCAUUAAGGUCCCCGCCGGGAAAAAGGUGCGUGUGAAGUUCACCCUGUUCCGCAUGAAAGAGCCUGGGGUGGACACUCGCGUGUGUCACAAAGAUUAUGUGGAGGUUUCAGGCAAUAAGUUUUGUGGCGAACUGUCCUCUUUGGCUCUGACCAGCACCACUAAUACCUUAGAUGUGACCUUCCACUCUGACGAGUCGUACACCGACAAAGGCUUCCGUGCUGAAUACAGUGCCUACGAUCCCAGAAACCCUUGCCCCGACAUGUUUGCCUGCGCAUCCGGCAUUUGCAUCGCCAGAGAACUCAAGUGCGAUGGCUGGAACGACUGCGGUGACAUGAGCGACGAGAUGAAGUGCGGUACAUUUCCUCUCCAAUCAAUCGCCUGCCUGAUGAAUUUUCUCAAAGAGUGUGACAAGGACCAGUUUAACUGCGGCAACGGUUUGUGCAAACCUAAACUGUGGGUUUGCGAUCGCGUUAAUGACUGCGGGGAUGGCAGCGACGAGAAGAGUUGCAGUUGCGAGGAGAACGAGUGGCGCUGCGGGGAUGGCGUGUGCAUGCCUCAGGACGUGGUGUGCGAUACCAAGACGGACUGCGAGGACGGCAGUGACGAGGCCUCGUGUGAAACCUCCCCGGGCAUCUGCUCCGCCUUCAGCUUCAAGUGUAAGAGCGGCGACUGCGUCAACAAGGUCAACGCCGAAUGCGACCGCGUCGACGACUGUGCCGAUAACUCGGACGAGGCCAGCUGUAAAUGUGGCACACGGCCGUACAAACUGAAUCGGAUCGUAGGGGGUCAAAAUGCUGAGCUGGGAGAAUGGCCCUGGCAGGUCAGCCUGCACUUCCUGACCUACGGGCACGUUUGCGGGGCCUCCAUCAUCUCCCAAAAGUGGCUCCUUUCAGCUGCCCACUGCUUUGUCACCCACGACCCAGCCAAUCAAGUCACAUCCAACUGGCAAACGUACAGCGGCUUGCAGGACCAGUACAAGCACGACGACGUCCAGCGCCGCGCCGUGAAGACGAUCGUCAGCCACCCGGAUUACAACCAGAUGACCUUUGACUACGACAUUGCCCUGCUGGAGCUCAGCGAGCCUCUGGACUUGACUGAUACCAUCCAACCCAUCUGCCUGCCCGCUCCCUCCCACGUCUUCCCUGCAGGCAUGUCCUGCUCGGUCACGGGUUGGGGCGCGGUCCGAGAAGGAGGUCAAAAGUCGCAGCUCCUCCAGAAGGCGUCAGUGAAAAUCAUCAACGACUCCGUGUGCAACGUCGUCACCGAGGGCCAGGUCACCUCGCGGAUGCUCUGCAGCGGAUUCUUAACCGGAGGAGUUGAUGCAUGUCAGGGAGACUCCGGCGGCCCCCUGGUGUGUUUCGAGGAAAGCGGGAAGUGGUUCCAGGCCGGCAUAGUGAGCUGGGGGGAGGGCUGCGCUCGCCGCAACAAGCCUGGUGUCUACACUCGUGUCACCAAGCUGAGAGAAUGGAUCAGAAAGACGACGGGCAUUUGAUCACGUGAAGAAAGAGGGGGGCGGGGGGGGGCGGGAAG